AUACUCAACAUGGAUGCAAUGGCGGCCUCUGAUGCGCCUAUAUGAGUUACCAGUAAUGAAUCUUCUCAAUGGUUUUGCCAGGAUUGUGAUACUCAGAUGUCAGGAAGAGAAGUUUUAGCACUGUACAGGCGAAUAUUUCGAGUAGCACGGCAAUGGAGAGCCGCAAUACCUGCAGAUACUGAGGCAGAGCGACAGUACAUAAAAGAUGAAGCCAGACAAUUAUUUCGUAAGAACAAGAACGUGAGUGAGGAAUUAUCGAAAUUUCCAUUAUAUUGGUACCUUAGUUUAAUUAUAAGAAAGCAUUCGUAAAUAUGGAGUGGAGCUCGGAAAUUUCAGGCUUAAGUUUCACUGUAUGUGAGUCGGUCCAAAUUCUGCCAAUUAGAAAGAUUUGAAAGAUGUAAUGUUCCCUCAAAAGUGGUUUUGGCGAGAUAAUAUUUCGGGUUGAUCUAAUCCACGUUAAUUUGAUUUGAAAUAUUUGCAUGAGGCAGAAUUUUAGGAGUGGUACAUUAUCUCUGAAAAUUUAGAUUCAAAAACAACUCCCUUCAAUUUGAUCCUGAUCAGAGAUGUGUUUAGUUUGAGCAUUUCAUGUAUGAAUGUUUUGGCUUGCAUUGAACAUCGUCUACCUUAAAAUGGUGGCACCGGCAGCUCAAUGUGAAAUUUUUCAUUUCAAGGUUCUAACUGGCCUCUUAAGAUCAUAAAGUGCUGGCCAGAAAUAAAAUUUAGUCACUAGAAAAAAAACUACUCUUUACUAUGCAAAUGUUUAUCAUCUCACUUAACCCUUACUGCCAACCAUACAAUUCUUAUAAUGUUAGUUCAGAAAAUUUAGUAUUGGAUCAACUAAUUAUCCCCAAAUUGAUAUUUUUCUAUACUCUCAUCACUUAUCUGGAUGAUAUUGUAUUGAUAUUGUAAGGAGAAAUUUUGUCUUGGUCACUCGUGGGAGUUAAAUGGUUAAGCUUGAACUAUUAUUACAAUCCUGUAGCUUCAUAAUUGACCACCAACUCAGGUCAGUAAAGUGGUAACUUUUGCAAAUUUGGUCCCACUCAUCAUGGAAACAAAACUGGUUGCAGCUUAGAGUGCUAGGCAGUCUGGCAGUUUGUUAUUUUUAUGGUCCAGAUACUAUUGUGUGAUUGUGAAUAAUCACAAGGUUAUCUGAUACUUUUCAGUUUUAUGCAAGUUAGGAGGUAGCCUUUUAAAAAGAGUUGAAGAGAAAAGUUACCAAGUGUACUGAGGAUUGCCUUCCCAGCUUGUACCAGUAUUAAAUAACUGGCAUUCCUUGUUCCUCACAUACUUAGUAGCAGCUAACUGAGACUUUUUUCUCAUAAUAUCUUGAUUGGAAUUGACCAUUAGAAAUAGUAUGUUCUGUUCUUGGAUUAAGUAGCCUUGUUCAAGAGAAUAAUAAUAUCAUGCUAAUACAUGGAAGCUCUGUUUAAAGACUGGUUACUUUGAUAGGUGUCCCUCUAUAAUAAGGGGGGUUGUGAUCUUGAGGGAAAAGAACGAAGCUGUUUGUGGUCUGAGAAGAGCAAAAUACCUGGUGUUUUGAGAAAUGUGUGACCAUCUCUAAUACACCCCUAUAUACUAAAGUCUCAGUGAUUAUUAACAUACAUCUUAAGUCCAAGAGAAGGAGCUGAAAUAAUUGUCCUUUUACAGAUUACUAACACAAAUGAGAUAAUGCUUUGUAUCCAUGAGGCCAAUGCACGAGUAGAGAUGGGUAUGUAACUUUAAAUUUUUUUAAAUUGUGUAGUGUUCCUUCAGAAAUGGGUUGAUAGUCUCCAUUAUGAAGGUCAGUUAGGGUAGUCACAAAAUACAUUCCAAUAGAGUUAAUACAGUAGCAUUAAAGGAGAAGCUGUUGUGACGGCAAAAUACAUAAUUUAGACUGAAUCAUUACUCUAUGUAUUUCAGGGCUUCACUAUGGAACACCUUAUCCUAGAAUGGUAAGCCUGAUAUGCUUGGGAAGUUUUUUUUUAACUGUGCUAUAAAUGCUUUUAAACACACCCCAUUCAUGGCAGAUCAUUCCCAUACCAUCUACACAACUAAUAACCAUAAGCUGUGAAGAGUGACACCACUUUCCCUGAAAAGACUGCCAAGUGGGUUAUACUGAUUCAAAUUUGAAUUUGUAAGCAAUUAUAAAAUGAUUUGAGGUUGUUUGAAUUGCAUUUAAUUUCUAGCCUCACCUUACAAAACUUAAAUCAUUUUAUUUCAGUCCAAAAAUGACUAGCUUAAGUUAUUAUGAAAUACUUUAACUUACUAUAAAUUGAAAUAUCACUCAACUGAAUGGGGAAAUUGCUUGUGUUAUACAUUAUAGAUACACAUGCCGCCAACAGCUGUUCCAAAAACAAAUACAAAAGAGCGGAAAACCCAAGAACGAAUUAGAAAACAGGCCAAACCUGUUUACAUGCACUCAGAUGAUGAUGUUGAUCGAUAAAAUACUUUUACAUUGGACAUUUUGGGCUAGUGAGUGACAGAGUUAACAAGAGUAAAUGAGUUCACUUGUGUUGCUAACUUCAUGCUGGUGACAAUUCAAGAUGAUCUUAGAAUCUUAUUGUCCCAACUAAAGUGGCCCUGAUUAAAACUAUGACUGUGAAAGUGACUGACAUUUCAACAACCUCAGAAAAGACUCUGAUGGCAACUUCAAAUGAAAUGGUGAUUUCCACUGUCACCAACAACAGUUUAUUUCUCAUCCAAUCCAUCAGUUUACAUUUGUGUUUACAAUUGACUGCUAAUCCUGGGUUCAAACUAUUUAUUAUGAACUGCUCCAAGAAUUAUCAGUUACACUUGGAAAAUUGACCAGUAGAGAGGAUCCCUUACUGACUCAAUGUGUUUAAAAAAAGAAGUACAUCCAAAACGAAGUUCAAGUAAAGAAAUGAUUCUUGCAGGUGAGCUGCAAUUUAACCUUUCAACUCCCCGAAGUGAUAAACAUGCAACUUCUCCCAAAAUGUCCAUACAUUAUUCAACAAACAGGUAUUAAGAAUACACAAAAUAAUCAGGCAGAUGUCAUCUUGAUCCAACACCAAAUUCUCAUAACUAAUAAACAAGGUAAUGUGUAGUAGCAAGAGAGGAGAAUAAACAAUCAGAUCUUGGGAGUUAAAGGGUUGAGCUAUUAUAGAAAAGAAGCCUGUAAAAAUUCAGGCUUUGACAGGAUAUGAAUCAAUGCCUCCCAGAUACCUGUUGUACACUCCAACUGACAGAGCCACCAAGCUACAUGCUGGGAGCAAGGCCAAUUUAAAAGGAUUGUUCUUUCCAUAGAGGACUUCGAUAAAAUUUUUUCUUUAAAGAAUACAUAAGAAAUAGAGUUUUUUCUUAAAACAAUUCUUUUUAUUACAAAACAAUUGAUCACUUGAUUGAAUGAAUUUUUUUAUUAAAAAGUCACUCUGUUACAAUCAUAACCAGCAAUUUAAAAUCAAUUCAAAAACUAGGUAGACUGCUGUGUGAUUUAAAAAUAAAACCAUCCAUUAACUACCAGACUUAAAAUUUAUUUACUUGGCAAAAAUAAUUUUGCAUGCAGAUCUUCAAAGCCCCACUAAAGAAGGACAUCUUACAAUCCAGCAGUAUGUGUGAUGGAGUUACAUGCCACAUCCAUAAUGCAGCAUUUUCUUUCCAAUAUUCACAUACUGAAAUAAUUGUAAGUGUGCACCAAUAGACCAACUUCAUUCGCAAAUGACAUAAGUCAUCAUGUAAACAAUAUCAAAUUGGAAUGAGGUAUCAUUAGUGAAAUAAUUGAGAGAGAUAGUUUUCACUUAAGGAAUAAUUCACUUUCCAGUUGUGUGCUUAGCUGUUAGACUUUUGCACAGAGGGAAGCUAAGGGUGACCUUUUCAUGAAACAAACCUCUAAUACUUUCUUUCAUGACAAGAUCAACCUUAGUCUCACUCCUGUUCUAAGGCUUCACAACUAAUCUAACAACUGAAAAGCUGAUGAUUAAAGAAAGUCAUAAUCACAGAGGUUUCAAUACCUAUUAAUAAUCAUCCCUAAUAAUUUUUGGUAGAACUAAC